GCGCCUCCAAGGCAGCCUCACCAAGCUUUCUUUGCCUCUUCCCGGGACGCCUGACCGCUGGCAUCUCCUGUCGCCCAAAGAGACGGUCCUUCCUCCUCCUCCUCCAUCCUUCCUAGCAUCGCCCUUCCUCCUCCAUCCUUCCUCAUCACCAAAGUUAGCCAACUUCUCCUUCUUUCCAGCCAUGCUGCACUGGGGCUACGAGGAGGACAACGGACCCUCUCAUUGGAAGGAAGUUUUUCCCCUUGCUAAUGGAGACCGUCAAUCUCCCAUUGACAUCAAAACUCAAGAGGCCAAGUACGACCCCUCCCUGCGUCCUCUCUACCCUCGCUAUGAUCCUUCAUCUGCCAGAGUCAUCCUUAACAAUGGACAUUCCACCAGUGUGGAGUUUGAUGACACUGAAAACAAAUCAGUGCUGUGUGGUGGUCCACUCAUGGGAAAUUAUAGACUGCGCCAAAUUCACUUCCAUUGGGGAUCUAGCGAUGACAUUGGCUCUGAGCAUGCAGUGGAUGGAACAAAAUUCGCAGCAGAGCUUCAUGUGGUCCAUUGGAAUGCAGACAAAUAUGCCUCAUUUGUUGAGGCUGCUUUUGAGGCAGAUGGAUUAGCAGUCAUGGCUGUUUUCUUAAAGCUCGGUGAAUGCAAUCCACAGCUGCAGAAAAUAACAGACUUUUUAGAUGCAAUUAAAGCCAAGGGCAAACAGCACAGGUUCACCAACUUUGAUCCUUCGUGUCUGCUUCCCCGUUCUCUGGACUACUGGACAUACCUGGGAUCUCUCACAACUCCUCCUCUUCUUGAAAGUGUCAUCUGGAUUAUUCUCAAAGAGCCUAUCAAUGUUUGUUCUGAACAGCUCUCGAAAUUUCGCAACCUUCUCUACACUGGAGAGGGAGAGGCUGCCUGUUGCCUGCUGAAAAAUUUCAGGCCACCACAGCCAUUAAGGGGCCGUGAAGUGAGAAGAAAUUAAAGGGAAGGACAAGAACAUUCAUAGCAAUAGCUGAGAUUAUUCAGGAAGCAAAUCUCACAUUAUCUUAUUUCUAAAAGAAGAAAAAAUGAUACAUUUUAAUCAGGACACAAUUAAGUCAAUCUUAAGCAUUUAAAGUCCUUUCAAGGAAUUUAAAAAGAGAUUUUAUGAGAUGUUUAUAUCUCUCAUUGAAUCGGAUAGGGCAUGAAAUUCUUAAGAUUGUCUAGACUGUGAUCCUAUUUUUAUUAGGCAAGUUAAUAUAUUUUGCUCAGCUGUUUCAGUUACUCUUCAAUUUAAUUAUAGUGGAUAGGAAGUCAUUACUUAAGACAAAGAAUAGAACUGGUGAGAAUUAAUUUGAGGUAAGAUGCAUUAUAUUGUUUUGGAUUAAGAAAGAGUCACUUACAGUAAAAAAAAAUAGAUGUGUUCUGAGUUGGAACCAUUGAAGCAAUAUUGCGUUUAGCUGAGUUAGAUUUCACACCCUACAGAAAGCCUAGCAGCAUAUUUGAUGUAAUGGCGCUAUUAUAUCUGAAUUGGAUCAGUAUCCGUCGGAAAUAUCUUUAAGUAUGGGAUAGGGCUUUGUUAUCUGUUUGGAUCCCUUUCAGCUCAUCUAGGGACAGAACUCAGGAUGGUCAUUUUGGAUUACAAUUCCCAUAAUCCUCAAACAUCAUGACAAUGCCAAAAAAUGACCAUUCCAAGAUCUUGUUGGGACUGUAGCUGAUUCCUGGAAAAUUAUACUUUUCAUCAGCCUAUCUUCCAUAAAUCCUUUGCACUCUCAGAAACAUGAAAUCUCUGGGUAUUCUUUGAAGGAAAUUAAACCAUUCAGUUAAAUGGUUGUUUUCCAAACCUUCUUGACAAGAGACCAUAUUUAGUAGUCAGCGUGAUUUAAGUGUGAUUUAGAUAGUGUAAUUAUUAAGAAUGUAUAUAUUCCUCACAGUAUGCCUUUUUCCAGAAUUCCUAUUCAGUUGUGCCUUUUACUUCUUGGACUCAAUAAAAUCAAAUCUAGAUAUGUUGAAAAAAUAAAAAAAUAUUGAAGGAACAGUGGUUUUGAGAGUCCCUAACUGCACUUUACCAGUAGAGAUGUUUUAGGCUGGAUCUACACUGCUAUAUAAUCCAGUUUCAGAAUGCCAAUUAACUGCAUUGAACUGGAUUUUAUGGCAGUGUAGAUCCAGCCUUAGUUCCUUGGGUUGAAACAAGAGCUCAUGAAAAAAAUCGAAGUCCUUGUUACACAUGAUCAGGUAUUGUGUGGAUGCUGUGAAUCCAGGUAAUCUUUGCAAUGUGUAUCUGAAAAUGUGGCAUGACAGUCAGAUUAGUUUUUUCCCUACUCUGAGUAGUAAAGUGGAGUUGCGAGAGAGUUGCAAGAGAUUUGUAAUGGAAAUAUAAUGACUUGCGAAUCUUUUCCUCUUGUUCUUAUUAGAGGAGACAUGGGUUCAUCAUAUCCACACACCCUAACUGUAGCAAGGAAUUGGGAAAAAUCAGCCUAAAGCUACAGAGUAUUAUGAAGAAUGUGUGCAGGAAUGAUGGUAAUGAUGGUUUGGAUGUGACACAUUUUCAUUUCUAAUCUAGAAUUCUACCUAAAGCAUCUGUAAAGGAUUCUAUAAGAAGAUACUUGCAUCAGAGCAGGAAGCAGUGUGGGUGAGGUUAUUGACAUUAUAUCUUUUCGCAUUCAGUGGCAAUGGAGUAGGGAGAAUAGACACCAACAUUUAUAAUGUAUAAGCAAUAAACUGAUAUUUUGCCUCUGGUUUCUUAUUUAGGAAUUAUAUCAAAAUAAAAACAAAUAAUAAUCUA